GCACGGCCUAUAUAAAUAUAAUAAGUUGACAGUGACAUUUAAAAACAAGGUAAAAAUGAUGUACUAUGUUGUAGGUGAUUGAAAUCUAAUUAAACUCAAAGACUCAAAAAAGUUUAUAAAAUAAAAUUUAAACCCAUCAAUCAAUCAAGAAUCAUGGAUCUAGUAAACAUGUAAUUUAUAAUAAAACCAAACGAACAUGAAAAUUGUAAAAACAAAAGAAAUUGAUUGUUUAUCAAAAGACAGUGACGACGAAAAGGUGAAUUAGUGUAAAUAAGAAACGAAAGUUCGAAAAAUACAGUAAUGUUCACCACAACUAUGACUAUUCAGGACAUCCUGCCAUACAGUUCUAGUAAAUCAAAUUACAAGAAAGUGGACAUGGAUGCUAUUUUGCCCUUUAUUAUCUUACCACUGUUACUGCUGGUAUCAACGAUAUCUAAAAUAGUAACGAUUAUAGUUAUGGUAUUUAUUGGCAUGGCUGCGCUCUACGUUUUGUCUCGACCACGUCAAAAAAAUAGGUCCCCAUUCUUCUACUCUUGGACGUUAUCAUCAGGAAUUUAUAUGUUUCUUAUUUUUGAACUUGGGAUACUAAGAUUACUUGAAAUCACACAACUAGAAAAUUUUGUAUUCUUAUUGCUUUUAGCAUGUACAUGUUACUUUUUUUACAAAAUGAAAGCAGUAGCUGAUUUUGAACUUGCUACGGGAUCUUCAAAAGGAAAAGAAUACAGCCCUGUAUUGACGUCAGAUUCGUAUUAUUGUCAAAUAUGCCAAAUAGAAGUUAACGAAAGAUUCUUUCACUCAAUAUGGUGGGACUGUUGUGUUCUUAGACCGAAUUACAUUUAUUUUCUGGCAGGUCAAAUUUUUGCAUUUGCAACUCUUUUAUAUGGAACUAAUUUGGGGCUUACAGCAGUAUGCCAGCCUUUUAUACUUUAUGGAACAAUACUAAUGCCAGAAGACUGUAAUGACGUGUAUUAUGAAUUUGAUCUUGCAUUGUAUUUCGUAACCUGUGUCUAUGGAUUGGGUUACCUAUUAAUAACCACCCUAGUAUUGUUAAGACAACUAUUUAUUUACAUUCCAAAAUAUAGUGAACCACAGUGGAGGAAAAUAAUAAAUGUAUUAACAGUAUAGUAAUGUUAAUAAAAGCAGUGCAUAUCAAGAUUAGUUUAAGUUAUAUAACUGUACUUCUAAUGAUUUACUUAUUCGUAGUUAAGUAAUUCACUGUUGCCAGUAUGAUAUUAAAAAUCUAUUGCCAUCGGCAAAUUCAUAGCUAUAAAGUUUUAACCACAUUAAUUAAGGAGCUUAUAAUCAAGUAUACAUUGUAUAUGAUAUUUUACUGUAUAUAAGUUAUUAAUUAUUAUUUAUUACUUACGAUAAA